AUGGCAGACAGCGGCAAGAUGUUGGAGGUUCCUCCUCACUCCCGAGUCGUGCCCGUUCAGCCCGCGCAGUCAAAGCCGAAGCAGGUGCAUUACCCGUUUUGGUUUGGAGGUUCGGCCUCCUGUUUCGCGGCGGCCGUAACGCACCCCUUGGAUUUAGUCAAGGUCCGGUUACAGACUCGUGCGCCCGAUGGACCAAAGAAUAUGGUUGGGACGUUUGUGCACAUCCUGAAGCACAAUGGCGUCACGGGGUUAUAUAGUGGUUUGUCAGCCGCAAUGCUGCGUCAGAUCACAUACUCCACGACGCGUUUCGGUAUCUACGAAGAAUUGAAGUCACGCAUUAGCCCGCCCACCUCAGACCCAGCCGCCGCACCAGGCCUGCUUACUCUCAUCGGCAUUGCCUCUGCUUCCGGAUUCAUCGGUGGCAUAGCAGGCAACCCGGCCGAUGUGAUGAAUGUGCGCAUGCAACACGACGCGUCCCUCCCUCCCGCCCAGCGACGAAACUACCGAAACGCAAUCCAUGGGCUCAUCCAGAUGACCCGGACAGAGGGAUUUGGUUCUCUCUUCCGCGGAGUAUGGCCUAACUCAACCCGCGCGAUCCUUAUGACUACCUCGCAGCUAGCUACUUACGACACCUUCAAGGGUCUUUGUAUGGAGAAAGCCGGCAUGGCUGAUAAUCUAGGCACACACUUCACAGCCUCGUUCAUGGCGGGAUUCGUUGCUACCACUGCCUGCAGCCCCGUGGACGUGAUCAAGACUCGUAUUAUGACGGCUUCUCAUGCGGAUAGCGGUGGUCAUACUAUCGUCGGUCUCCUGCGUGAUAUUUGCCGUAAGGAAGGCCUUGGAUGGACUUUCCGUGGCUGGGUACCUAGCUUCAUCCGCCUUGGUCCCCAUACAAUUGCCACUUUCCUCUUCCUCGAAGAGCAUAAGAAACUCUACCGCAAGCUGAAGGGCAUUUAA